AUCCAGGGAAAGCGACCUUCAUCAUCAUCCCGUCCCCACUAUCAUCGGUCGCUAGAAAUCUCCGAUUCGAUUCAUGGGUUUCUCCUUCCUUGCGAAAGCUCUUCCAUUUUCUUCUAUUUCGAUCUCUCAAUUUCCUGCAAAAACCAUCUCCAUUUCCCCCCUUUUCUUUUAAUGGCAACAGGGGAAUGCUUCUUCUCCUUUUCCCACCCAUAAUUUCCUCUUCUUCCCUUUUCCUUUCAAGAUUUAUCCCUUUUCUUUGUUCUAUCUCUCUGUGGCUUGAUUGAUUCAUUUACAUUGGAUAUAAAUUGUCAAUCUUUGCGUGAUCACAUCCAAACCCUGCUUUGACUUUCUUUUUCUUUCAAGGCGAUUGACGUUUCCCUGCAUACGAGAUGCCUACAUAAGGGUUUGUCGCUUCUUAAAUUCCAAUAUGAGAUGCCUACAUUAUAUCUAUGUUGUUGAUUGAUUGAUUGAUUGAUUGGCUGGUUAGAAGAUUGAGUCAUUUCCUUAUCUAAAAAUUUCAGUAUUUAUAUUUAUAGUCGAUGGGUGAAACUGAUAAGAAAUUAAGUGGUGUGAAGAACAGCAUCAUACAUAAGAUCCAUGGUAGUAUUCUGGUAUCAGAGAAGUAUGAUUCAAAUUCUAUUGGGGAUAGAGAUGAUGAAGACAAUGUGACAGAAGCUCUAUUGCCAGCCAGAAAGGGUGGGUUAUCGAAGAAAUCGGGGAAACCGAAUAGGAAGGUGCAGUGGAAUGAUAUCAAUGGGAAUAAGCUGGCAGAAGUGAAGGAAUUCCAACCAAGUGAUGAUAGUGAUUCGGAUGAAGAUGAUUCUGAUUAUUGUAUGUGCACCAUAAUGUAGACCGAGCUCAUUCAGUAGCAGUAUAUAAAGAAGCCAACCAAAUUGGUGACAUUACUUACUCACUCAAUCUUACAUGUAAAUUAUAGGACGAAUUAUAUUCCAUCUGGUCUGAAAACCUUGUGUUUAGUGUUCAUGGUUGUUGUUGGAAUGAUAUUUAUUGCUUCUUCUUCGAGCUUAUUGUUGUUGUAGUAAUAUAGUGAAUUAUUAUUAUGUUUAACCAUUCAA